AUUUGCAGAAAUAGGCAACCGGAUGCUUUACAUAAUUAUGAAAUCAGUUCGUAAACAAACAAAAGGCUGUGAUGAACAUUUCACUAAGCAUAACCUUAAUUAUUUAAUGAAAAUAGUUUGAAAUAUUCCAAUAUGUGCAUCAGCAUUAGUCAAUGUCAAUUAAGAAUGGUAAUUGUUAAAAUUUGAGGUGAGUUUUAUCAUUGAAUAGCUUUUUUUGGAGUCCUUAAGCAUGGCAAGGAUACCAGCAGUAAUGAGUGUAUCAGCACCCAUUAAUGAUCCUGUUGCUGUUAUGAAUACUUUCCGCUCAUAUGUAUCAAUGCUCAAAGAUCCUGUUGCAAAGGAGGAAAGUAAAUUGAAAGCUUUGCCAGAAUUGAGUGGAGAGCUUGAAACUAUUGCUAGUAAUCCACAAUAUCCUUCAUUUUUGGAUCAGGAUAUAAAAAUUUUCAUCAGAAUUUUAUGAGAUGAAGAACCACAGUUCAUUGCUGAAAAAACCACCCAUGUAUGUAUUUUCAUGUCAUGCCGAAGGGUCAUUUUGUAUAUUUUAAUGUACGUAUUUUUAUAUAUAUCCUGUAUUACUUUUUAUGAAGGUAGCCAAUCUAAAUUUUUUUCCUUUACUCUUUUAUAUUUUUUUUAUUCAUACAUUGUCUAUUAUUUAGUUUACAUAACUGAUGAACUUAAUGAACACAGUUAAUAGUCAUUGAUAUGGGUUUAAAAUAACAAAAUUUGAGCAGUAUUUAAAAAAAUAAUCCCAUUGUUGCUAAUGUCGGUAGGUUGUGUGUGUAUGAAAUCAACCUCAUUUUAAUGUCUUGGCAGAAUAAUCAGGUUUUCUCUAUUUACGCUUGAUCUCAGUUUGUUUUUAUAUUCAAGACUGCUGUUUUUAAAAAUUAGAUUAAAUCAGGGUUAGUAAUUGUCCUGAUGAUCUUGAUGUUCCUGAUAUAAAGUAUUUUAUCCGUAUUUGUCCUGAAUUUUGUGUGUGUAUUGAAUAUUCGAUUUUCCAGGAAUGAAAAUGCAGAUUUUUGAGAAAGUAGAUUUAAAGAUUUGAAAAAUUUUGAUCCAAUAUCCUUUUUCUUUUUUAAAUGCUUGUCAUUAUCGCAAUAUUUGAUAGUUCCAAUAUAGGGACUGUCUAUUGAUUAUUUACAUGGUUUAGAUAUUUAGAGUCUUACCCAGAGAAUUCAU